GGACGCCAGGCACCGGCUGGGCACAGCGAGGCCGCGCAGAAGAGAGCGCGUCCGUCGGGUUCUAGCGCGGUGCUGGUACGGCGCCGCUCGGGGCUGCGGGAACCUGAGAGCGCGGCUGCAUCCUUGGCGAGGCCGGGAGGAACCGAGCGGAGGGACGAACCGAGGACUGAGGUUGAUACUUGCUCGACUCUUGGUGUUCUUCAUUUUCGUUCUAUGAGGAAAUCCUUUAACUCCACCUCCCUCGAGUCUUGAUCCUGCCAGAGGGUAGACUUGGUGAACAAGAUUUUGCAAGCCUCUGCAAGUCCAUCAGCUACUGAACGCCACACUUCCUUGCAAGCUCUAUGUAAGAUUAGCAAUGUGCUCUAUUCAGAGGAACUAUGCCUGACCAGCAUGGCUCUCCCUGAAGUAAGUAAUAAUUAUUACUUAGCUUUGUGUUUUUUGCUUUAUUUCAUAUAUUGAGUGGGAAAUAUCUCAUCUUUUGACACUUGGAAACAAAUUAUUGGUAAAUUAAUUUUUUAGUAGGCUUCAUGUUUUUAUUCAAGUAAUUAUCAUCUGUUAUCUGAGUACAACCCUGUGACUUCUAUGACAUUCUCAAGUAAUAAUAAUAGGGGCUCCUCUUAAGAGUUUGCAAAUGCAAUUCACAUAUUUAGGUAAACUUCAAGUCCUUUUUUUUUUUUUUUUUUUUUUGUGGUACGCGGGCCUCUCACUGUUGUGGCUUCUCCCGUCGCGGAGCACAGGGUCCGGGCGUGCAGGCUCAGCGGCCAUGGCUCACGGGCCUAGCCGCUCUGCGGCAUGUGGGAUCUUCCCGGACCGGGGCAUGAACCCGCAUCCCCUGCCUCGGCAGGCGGACUCUCAACCACUGCGCCACCAGGGAAGCGCCCCCCCUUUUUUUUUAAACUGUUUUAUACUAGACGUUUAAACUAUUGUGACUGUAAUAAAUUAAGUGGUCCAGUUCAAACAAGGAAAUAAUUAUUGGUAGUGAAGCAUCAGUAGAAUGCCUUCUCAAUAAAACAGACUCUAAAAUAGAAACCUCUUAGAAAAUAUACAGUGCAGUGAAAAUGUUGUUUUUAGACCUGGGAAAUGACAGUAGUAUUUAGCAAGCAGACUCUGAUAACAAAUAACAAUUGUAUCUAAACAUGCUAAUGCUGAGAAACACAUUUUUUUGUAAGUCACAGUAGUAAAUUCUUGGAAGUUGCAUGUACCUUUACUGAGUAGGAACUACCGAAGCUGUAAUUCAGUUUGUCAAAGCAGCAGAUUCUCCUUUAAUUACUGGCAUAAUAUAUUUUUUUCUGGACCAUUUGAUUCAAAAUUUAAAAUCUCUAUACUCUGCUUUUGUAAAUAAAAAGGAAAUAAUGAGUAUAGCUUAAUUUUUUUCUGACUUAAAAGUAAAAAAAUAAAUUUUAAGAAACAUUUAACUGUGAAAUGAAGUAACUCAAAAAUGUCUGCUAAGUGACAUCCUUUAUGAUUGUGAUUAAAAUAAUAUAUGCAGAAUGCAGUGUUAUUUUAAGAUAAUUUAUAUGUUGAUUUGGAUAAUAGAAAAAUAGUCUCCAGGGUUCAUAAUUAAUCUGUUCAUCCAUUCCGUAAGUAUUUUUAGUACCUCUAUUUAUGUGUUGUGCUCAACAUGGGAACAGUAGGAGUGAGUAGAAAGUACCUUUAUUUUGGGGACUUAUAUAGUGUUACGGGAAAGACUAAUAGUGAAUAGGCAAUUAUUACGAGUAUUAUAAAUUUGACUAAAAAGUUGAGUAUGGUAUAAUCCACUAUAUAAGUGCAAUGGAAACUAUGUGAUUAAAUUGUUAUAGGAGCACAGAGGAAGUACACCCAAUCCAGGCUAGGAAUAAGGGAGAUUUUCAGGGCUGGCCUUUUUGAGCAAAUGAACCUCACCUGAGCCUUAAGAAAUGAGUAAGAGUCAGUUGAUAAGACUGGGAGUUGGUAAAGGGCAUUUCUAAAUGAGAAGAUAGCCUGAACAGAGGCAGAGAGGUAUGAAAUAGCAUGAAGUGUGUGGAGAAUUACAUGCAGUCAUGUUUUCCUCUAUACAACAUAAGGUGGGGUUUACCAUCUUAUUUCACAAAUCCACACGAGUUAAGUUUGGUAAAUACACAUUCUCUGUCAACUUUCAGAUAUAGCUCUAAAAUUAAUCAGAAACUGCUAUAAAAUAUAUUUAGUAUCAUUUAAAGUCUUCUUCUAACUGAAUUGUAAAGAGUACAAACUAAGGUUAUUUUAAAGAAGAAUGAGUCUAAAUAGCACUAUUGCUGCCUGUAGUAAGUACUGCAUCAGUAACUAUAUAGCAUUGAGUUUAUUUUAGAGGUGCUUUCAAUCAAAGUGCCAUUUGAAAUUCUACUUAGUCCUCUUCUGAUUAAUAUUUAGUAAAAAAGUCACUCUGCCUGUGAAGACCUUUCUGAGGAUAAUACAGUAUGAGUUAAUACAGUAUUGUGCAUAAUAGUAUUUCAUCUUGAUAGUACAUGCUAAAAUGUCAGAUUAUAAAUGCAAAGAAGUUUGAAAAAAGAGAAUAAAGUGGGCUGACUUAACAUAGUAGUACCUUUAUGCUUUUGCUGUAAGGCCUCUUUUCUGUGAUUCAUUGUAAAUUGUUGUGUUUACGUGUAAAAGUACAUUAUUUUUGUUGUGUAUUUCCUGCAGUGAACCAGUAAAACCUGUCUUCUUCUGUUUGAAGUAUUUUUUUCUUCAGAACUUCCUAUUUUGUUGGUUGAUAUGACUUUACUGGCUCUUAGAGGAACAAUAACAAUGGCCUCAACUUCCCUGUCUCAAUGCCAUAAUGUGCCAGGGUAUGAUAGAAACAAACUUCCAUGAACCAUCUCUCUUUUUUUCUGGUGUUUUUAAUCUCUUAAUAUAUUGGGAGAAGGAGGAGUAUCAUCUUUUUUUCUUCCUAGGAGUCAGAAUCUUAGAUACAUUAAAAAAAAUUCUGGGUUAGAGUUUAGGUGGAGUUACACUUGCACUCAUUAUUAAUACGCAGUCUUUAUAAGUCCCACAGUCAGUUCUUAUUAGGAUGUUAUCUUUUUUUUUUUUAACGUCUUUAUUGAAUUUGUUACAGUAAUGCUUCUGUUUCUUAUGUUUUGGUUUUUUGGUCGCGAGGCAUAUGGGAUCUUAACUUCCCAACCAAGGAUUGAACCUGCACCCCCUGCAUUUGGAAGGCAAAGUCUUAACCACUGGACCACCAGGGAAGUCCCUCUGCUAAGUUCUAUAGAUCUCAGCUAACUGGACAAUGGCAGUUGAGUAGGUUUUGAAAAAUGUCUGAAGUUUAGUGGACUGAAUCUACCUUCUCCCCAUCUACCUUUUCCCCAUCCUUUACAAAAGAAUAAAUGGGAUGUUUGAGAAGAGAACUGUAUUAAAAGAAGAGUGUUACAAAUGGCUUCAGAAUCUAUGAAUGCAAAACAAGCUAGGAAUCGCUUCACAAAGGGGAAAAGGCAACAGCACCAGCAAAUAAAGAACAGAUCUUCACUUGGUGAUGGUGAUGGAGAAGACUCCUUUAUCUUUGAAGCAAAUGAGGCUUGGAAAGAUUUUCAUGGUUCUCUUCUUCAGUUUUAUGAAAAUGGAGAACUCUGUGAUAUCACAUUGAAGGUUGGCUCAAAGCUAAUCUCUUGUCACAAACUGGUAUUGGCUUGUGUUAUUCCUUACUUCAGAGCUAUGUUUCUCUCUGAAAUGGCUGAAGCCAAGCAAACACUGAUUGAGAUCAGAGAUUUUGAUGGUGAUGCAAUAGAAGACUUGGUAAAGUUUGUCUAUUCUUCACGACUCACUUUGACUGUUGACAACGUCCAGCCUCUCUUAUAUGCAGCCUGUAUUCUACAGGUUGAACUGGUGGCUAGAGCUUGUUGUGAAUACAUGAAGUUACAUUUUCAUCCCUCCAAUUGUCUGGCAGUAAGAGCCUUUGCAGAAAGUCACAAUCGAAUAGACUUAAUGGACAUGGCGGAUCAGUAUGCCUGUGAGCAUUUUCCUGAAGUGGUGGAGUGUGAAGACUUUGUAAGUGUGUCACCCCAGCAUCUCCAUAAGCUUUUGUCCUCCAGUGAUCUAAAUAUUGAGAAUGAAAAGCAGGUCUAUAGUGCAGCCAUCAAGUGGCUUCUUGCCAAUCCUCAGCAUCAUUCCAAAUGGUUGGAUGAAACACUUGCACAGGUUCGUUUGCCGCUGUUGCCGGUUGAUUUUCUUAUGGGUGUUGUGGCAAAAGAACCGAUUGUCAAACAAAAUCUAAAAUGUCGAGAUUUAUUGGAUGAAGCAAGAAAUUACCACCUUCACUUGAGUAGCAGAGCAGUACCUGACUUUGAAUACUCCAUUCGGACUACCCCAAGGAAACAUACUGCUGGUGUGCUAUUUUGUGUAGGUGGUCGAGGUGGAUCAGGUGACCCCUUUCGCAGUAUCGAAUGUUAUUCUAUCAGCAAAAACAGUUGGUUCUUUGGACCAGAAAUGAACAGUCGAAGGCGACAUGUGGGUGUAAUCUCAGUGGAAGGUAAAGUGUAUGCAGUGGGUGGACAUGAUGGAAAUGAACAUUUAGGUAGUAUGGAGAUGUUUGAUCCUCUCACUAAUAAAUGGAUGAUGAAGGCAUCAAUGAACACAAAGAGGCGAGGAAUUGCCUUGGCCUCCUUGGGAGGCCCAAUUUAUGCAAUUGGAGGGUUAGAUGACAAUACUUGCUUCAACGAUGUUGAGAGGUAUGACAUAGAAUCUGAUCAGUGGAGUGCAGUGGCACCAAUGAAUACUCCCCGUGGAGGAGUUGGCUCUGUGGCUCUUGCGAACCACGUUUAUGCAGUAGGUGGCAAUGAUGGAGUGGCUUCUCUAUCUAGUGUGGAGAGGUAUGAUCCACAUCUUGAUAAAUGGAUAGAAGUUAAAGAAAUGGGUCAGCGAAGAGCAGGCAAUGGAGUUAGUGAGCUCCAUGGUUGCUUAUAUGUUGUUGGUGGUUUUGAUGAUAAUUCUCCUUUGAGUUCAGUUGAGCGGUAUGAUCCUCGAAGCAACAAGUGGGAUUAUGUAGCAGCCCUUACCACUCCCAGGGGUGGAGUGGGGAUCGCAACAGUGAUGGGCAAAAUCUUUGCAGUUGGUGGUCAUAAUGGCAAUGCAUACUUAAAUACAGUAGAAGCAUUUGAUCCAGUGCUGAAUAGGUGGGAGCUUGUUGGAUCUGUGUCUCACUGCAGAGCUGGAGCAGGUGUAGCUGUGUGUGCCUGUUUAACUAGCCAAAUUCGAGAUGUAGGUCAUGGAUCCAGUAAUGUGGUUGACUGUAUGUGACUUGAGUUCCAGCCACCAACAAUUUAAUAACAUCUGAUAGGCAAGAAAGACUACCAGUAUUUUGUAAUGGCCACCUUUGAACAGUUUUAACUACUACUAGAGUCUCAUUUAAAUGUAAACUGUUGUAUUGUGACUAAGUGCAACUUUUGAAAUGGUAGAUGAAACUACUAGUAAUAAAGUUGAUACUUUCCACUUUAACAAAUAAUGAAGUAGGGAAGGAAGACACUCUAACCUGAAACCAUAUCUCCUCCAAAAAAAGUGUUUAAAGGAGUGCCAAAACCUUGAAAUUCCUUUUUUUUUAAAGUGUGGAUGAAUCAAAAUGUAAAAUGAAGUCAUUUGCUGAGCUUUACCUUUUGCCUAAAGGUGUUAACCUUAGACAGUGGAUUUUUCCUAGAGGGGAGAUUGGAACCUAUUCAUCAACACAAGGAUAUCAGGACAUAUAACAGACCUGCUCCAUUUGAAGAUCUUUUCUACUUGGUGCUGAUGAAUUUAUGCCUUGCUUUUUUCUAGGUGUUGAGUUUUCAAUUCCUUGGAUAUUUACAGAAAUAGGAAAAAUGUUUCAUCUUUCUGAGUGCCCUUUGGUUGUGUUUUCAGAAGCUUAUAGGAAUGCUGUAGGAAGCCCUUAAUUUCAGUGUGAGUUGUUAGGACACCAAAAGAUCUAACUGAACUAAUUCCUUCUGAACGAAUCUGCAGUUUUAUUUUUUCAUUGCAUGCCGAAAGGAUUUGUUUCAUAAUCAAAAACUGAAUCAGAGGGGAUAUUAGAGGAGAAGGCUUUAAAGUCGACAUUAUUCUAGUGCCCAUUCGAGAGCCUUGAGAGGGAAUGAUGUCUAUUACAUGACUCCCUAAUGAGGAGACUCCAAAAAUAUGUUUAACACUCUUCUUUGAUUCAGUCAUUUCAUUUUGAACCCAAGAUUUAUUAUCUUUCUAUUUUGCUAUUUGCCAGCAUCAUAGUUUUUCUAAACUGUACAGAGUCUGGAUUUAUUUAUUUUCAGAAAAUGAAUGCAUUUUUACAAAAACCCUUUAUAGACUGUAGUUGAACUGUUGAUUACUUCAAGUCCAUCAUUACCAAUAAAAGAUAUUGUAAAAACAGAAAGAUUGAAACUGUUUUUCCUGUUAAUAUUUAAUUCUCUCCAGUAUAUUUAUUGAACUUUAACUGAAAAUAUUUCUUUACAUUACUUUAAAGCCCAGGAUAUUGAUACACCUACUGAUCUAACAGCUCUUCCUGGUUUUACCAGCAUUAUAAAGUGGCUUAUUUGUUAUAUGUAUAUAUUUUUAUAAAUAUUUAUGAAGAAUCUUAAAAUAUUAUAUUUCGUAUUUGCAGUGCAAGUUUGGUACCUCUCUUUUAGGCCUUCCUAAAUUUUCCUUUAGUCAUGCCUUAGAAUUUAGUAUAGUUUACUGCUGUCAGUCAUCUUGUUCACAAGGAAGCUGGGGCAGUGAAGAACACUACUCCAUCUGUCCAGCCCUGAAGUUCAUUGCCUAGUAGCUGUGAUGGUCCUUAUUAAAUGGCAACCUAGGCUUAUCAGUACAGUAAGGCAGAAGGCCGCAUUACAAAAGCCAGUGCCUUGGGUAUAUUAGAUCAUAAAAAUAAGAAGAAAAAAUUGUAAGUGGGCUCAGCUAGCAGAUAAAAGUCUAUCGUGAAGCAGAUUUAAAUGUUCCCAAUUUUUUGCUGUCAGGCUGUGAGCAUGUCCGUAAGUCAUUGCUGGAUCUGAACCAGUGUUCUCUUGUACAGUUGUAACCGUAUUUCAGUCAAUCCCAAAAGCAUUUAACUCCGUAGCACUCAGUGGACUGCCUACAACUGGCUGGAUGUGGAGAAUAAGGCUCAAAACCUGGCUUCAGCUAUUUUUUAUGUCUAAUGGAGUUCUUGUAUUAUAAUGCUUGUCUAGGUAUGGUUACUAGUGUGUUACAUGUAUUUUUGUGGGGGGAGCGGAUCUCUUAUUCUUUCUAAGAUUAUUUUAAAUGUUUUUUUCUUUAACAUAUUUCUGCUUUUGUCAUGUGUAUAACAUUUAGGAACAUGAAGGUGUUACAUUUCCAUUACUGGUUUUAUCUAUACAGUAGUCAUCUAACAUUACUAAGUUGGUAUCCUAGCUACCCAUAAAAUAUGAACUACUCAUAAGGGAAGUAAAGUGAAGUAAAUGGAACAUGUGGCUGGCUGUUACAUCAUGUGUGGGUAGUCAGAAGCACAGCCUUGAAGGACCUGACAAUGGUAUGAAAAGAUUAAUAGAGUCAAUAUGCACAGUCUCUUUAUUAAAAACAUAUUCUUUGAGAUAUGAAAUGUGAAUCAGGCUGAAGGAAUCAUGCAACUGAAAGGUGAUUAUAUUCAUGGGAACAGAAGGAUGAAAUAUUAAAAGAAGAUGGCUACUUAAUUGUGAGGCCUGUCCCUUUAACCUCAGAUGUUAAUAUCACCUACCCAAAAGACAUAAAGUAGAGCUAAAAUUCUAAAUUAUAAAUGGAAAAAAGAAAAAGUAAAAAUUUGCAUAUUUCUUUGAAAAAUAUUUCUAGUUGCUUCUGUGUGAUUCUCCCGAAUCGUUAUUAAAGCCACUGCUUUUAUUGUGUUGUAUUGCCACUUUAAAAACAAAUUACUUGGGCUUCCCUGGUGGCGCAGUGGUUGAGAGUCCGCCUGCCGAUGCAGGGGACACGGGUUCGUGCCCGGUCUGGGAAGAUCCCACAUGCCGCAGAGCGGCUAGGCCCGUGAGCCAUGGCCGCUGAGCCUGUGCGUCCGGAGCCUGUGCUCCGCAAUGGGAGAGGCCACAACAGUGAGAGGCCCGUGUACCGCAAAAAAAACAAAAAAAAUUACUUGAUACUGUUUUUGACUACUUUCACUAUAUUCUGUGUAACUAAUUUAUUUUUAAAUGUUUGAAUAAACUGUGUACUCGAAGGAGUAUUAUUCAUUCUCUUAAUUCCUAAAUGCAUUUUAAACUUACAGUGCUGUUAAAUGCCUAGAUGAGAGAUUGUUGAAAUUGCAUAAACUACUCUUGCAAGUGGUACACUUGAGAGUUUUGUUCCUUUUUUCUCCAUGUCUUAUAUCAUAGAAAGUGCAUUUAGAAUCUAAUUCAUGUCUUAUUGGUUAAGAAUGUUUUCUGUGGUUUCUCGUAUCAGACUUAUAAAGAAAUUAUAUUGGGAUGUUAUUGACUGUCUCUUUUUCUCCUUUAUGUGGAGUAAACAAGUGGCAAUAAAACUUCUCUAUAAUAUUUUCUUAAAACCAUGUAUUAGUGUAGUAGUAUUCCAGCAAAUCAAAAUAAUAAAUUAUCAUAUAUACUACCAAGUACUGAGAUCAGAAAGUUGCUAUUUAUUGAUUCAAAAUAUGUUGCGUGUACCUAUUAUGAAUAGGAACUUCUUCCUAUAUAGUGUUCAUAACUUUGCUUUUCAUUGUUUGAUUGCUUUUAUAGAAUCUUUUCAAAACUAUCUAAUUGUUUAUUCUUGAUCCUUCAAAUACAAAAUUGAUUUAGUAGUUGCUGGAAUAUUUUUCUCCUCAAAGAAAAGAUCUUUAUGUUUAACUGAAAAUAGGAAGAUUUUUGUUAACCCGUACAGAAAUUAAAGGUUAAAGGCAACUGAUUUGAGCAAUUGUCUCUUCAGCAAUUGUAGACUUGUACUAUAUAGAAAUAAGAUUCUUUAUGCAUUAAGAUGUUGUCCUUCCAAUUAGUAACCUCAUGAAGCUAUGAUUAUGUUUUUCUACUUGUCAUUGCUAAAAACUUUUCUGAAACUUCUCAUUGAAAACAACCUGAAGAUCCAUUUGUAAGUCAUCCAAGAGAAUUAGUCUCAUCAUAGUUAUAUGUUAAUUUGGACCAGAAUCUUAACUUAAUAAUGGCCCUAUGUAAUUUAUUCAUCAGACUUGAUUCAAAAUAUUUUAUGACUAUCACAGGUUAAAUCUACCCUCAGGGCUUCCCUGGUGGCGCAGUGUUUGAGAGUCCACCUGCAGAUGCAGGGGACACGGGUUCGUGCCCCGGUCUGGGAGGAUCCCACAUGCCACGGAGCGGCUGGGCCCGUGAGCCAUGGCCGCUGAGCCUGCGCGUCCGGAGCCUGUGCUCCGCGACGGGAGAGGCCACAACAGUGAGAGGCCCGCGUACC